CUAUGACGGUGUGGAACUGGGUCUUCAGAAUCCCCCAACUCACCUUUGAGGUUAGACAGUGACAGCAACCUCUGGCUGUUUGUCCUUAAUUGCAUAUGGGAACUUUUUCCAGCUCCCUGGCAGGAUCUUUCAUAAAGGAGAUUUUUUCUUUCUUUUUUUUUUUAUUUUGGUUCUGUUUUGUUUUUGAUGAGGUAAUUACAUGAUGAGGAUUUUCAUAGCUUUUGAAGGAUCAUUUGAACCAUUUGAUGUUUCAGCCAAUGAAACUGUGGAAGCUCUCAAGCUGAAGAUAAAGGAUUAUUUCCACAUUCCUCUCUCUGAGGACAUACGUGGCAGGCACUAUCUGGAGUUAGUGUAUGCUGGAGCUGCUCUGAGGAACAGCUGGAGUCUUGCUGAUAUUGGGAUAUCUUUUUGUUCAACUCUCAAAUGCUUCGUUAAGGAAGAAGAGAAGCCUACUCUCUAUGUGUUCAACGCUGUAACAGAAAAGAUGAUGCCAAUAAUUGAGGACAUUUCCCUUCUUGCUAAAAAGGUGUCUGACCUGAGAACACUGAUUACUCUGAGAUGUGGCUUCCCUGUGAGCGUCUACUGUCUGCGGACCCCAAAGGGACAGGAGAUGUAUGACUGCAAUAUGCUCAAGGACUACCGCACUGACAUGGGUACAACCCUUCGCUUGGAUGUCUGGGAUGGAUGGAAGGAAUUUCUGAUGGGCUGUCUCCUUGGGCAAAAACUCAAAGUCCAACGAUAUCUAUCAAAAGAAGGACCAGUUCUCAAGUAUCAGAAAAGAGUAGCCCUGUACAUCUCCGCCUUUUACGGCUACAUUGAACUCACAGAAUGGGCCCUGAAGCAGGGUGCACGGCCACACGAGGCAGUCGGUGUUCACCCCUAUCGAGCAUGGUGCCAUGAAGCCCUUCACACUGAUGUUUCUAAAUGCCCCGUACAUGCCGCUGCAGAAGCAGGCCAGCUGUUGAUCCUGAAGGCCUUUGUCCACUGCAGCGUUCUGUGCCUGGAGUGCAAAAAUGCAGCUGGGCAAACCCCUCUGACCAUCGCCUUCAAACACAAACAUAAAGACUGUGUAUUGUAUUUGUUGAGUAAAACGUGGUCCACGGUUUCUUUUCUGAAAAUUGCACUCCCAAUGAGGAUUUACAUUAAAAUAAAACAGUGGAUCCUCAGAGCCCAGAGUCACAGCCUUCAUAAAGGCCAGUUUUGCAAAUCAAGGGUCUUUGGGGCAAAAGUUGGAGAUACUGUGAUGGUGGAUGGCUUCACCACACCAAAAAUGACCUCCAAGAGCUGGCAUAAGAUUGGGAACCAGGAUUCACAGAGCACCUUGGGCAAGCUACCACCUCUCAAGGCUUACACUGCAAGCAAGAAACCUGCUGAUUCUUUGACAGUUUCACAGAGGGACACCAGGGAACAAAUUGUCACAUUUCCUCCAUUAGCGGAGGCAAAUAAGUUCUCUGACUUACAAGGACAUCAACAACAAUAUCAAAAAGAAAUUACUGCCACAGCUAGGAGAAAAGAAAGGCUUGUGAAAAAUAAAUAUCUUCCUCAAGUCCCACUUCCUCCAGUUUCAAGUGUGGGAUAUUCACACCCAUCAUUUUACUAUGCAACACCCAGGGCUGACUUACUAAGGUCCUCCUUGGAAUCUUUCUCAAAGUACAGUGGGAGGACUCCAAGGGAGAAUGCAAUCUACUACUUAGCCAUGGCAAGUGCCUUUAAAGAGAAACGAUGGCUGCAACAGUUAGAAAUAGCAAGAACCCUUGCCAAAAAGAGCAUUUCUAACCUGACAACCCAGGGCAGUCUGACAAGAUGUGAAAACCUUCCAGAAACUGUGCUUUGAAAAGUCAUCAUAUGGGUUUGGGGGUUUAGCUCAGUAGCACAGCACCUGUCUGGCAAGCAUGAGGUCCUGAGUUCUCUUCCUGUACCCCCCGCCAACAAAAAAGAAAAAAGAAAAGCACGAUAAUUCACUCUGAACAAAGACUUGAUCAAAUAAUUUCCAGUUUCAAAUGUUAACAUUUCUAAAGCUCUCUCAGCUCUAAUGCUUGCAUUCUAGUGCUAUAACCUCAAUGGGAUAUUUAAUGCUUAGCAUCAUGUUUUCUUGGACUGCAUUAUCCUCAGUGAAAGUGUGGGGCUUUUUUAAAAUAUAGUUGGAGGCAGAGUCAUAAGAAACUGAAGAUAGUAGCUGACUACAGGUUAGGAUGGAGAGUGGGAAACAAGGAUGAAAGAAUUAUUGUUACUUCCUUGUUUUUCUAGACUUGUUUUAAUGAGUGGGGGGUUUUAAGUUAUGUAAAUGUAAGACACAAUGAAAAAAUGCUUCAAAUUCUAGGGUCAGGGAUUUAGCGCAGCGGCGUAAGUGCCAGCCUGGCAAGUGUGAGGUUGUGAGUUCAAUCCCCCAUACCAAAGAAAAAAGAAAAAAAAAAAAUGAUGGCAUAGUAAGAAAAAAUUACAGUGUUAAAAAAUUCUACGUAAGAAAGUUGUAAUGAGAGUUACAAAUACCAUCCAGAUGUUAUGUUUAUCUCAACACAUCUUUAAUUUCUCCUAAAACACGACCUCCUAUUUUUUUAAAUUGAAGUAAAAUUUACAUGCAGUACACUCCAUAGAUCCUAAACGUAAUAUUCAAUGAGUUUAACAAACAUAUAUCUGUAUAAAUAACUCCUAAAUUAAGAUGUAAAUAUUUUGGUUAUGCCCCAGAAAGUUUCUUCAAGCUCCUAAAUCCAACCCAACACCUAUAGGCAAAUGUUAUUCUAAU